GCUGCUGCAGCUUGCAGUCGUUCCGGUGUCUCGGUCUCCGUGUUUUCCUCCCGUUCAGCCCCUUCUGUCCCCGGUUGUCCGGUUUGAGCAGCUCCAGAGCGGCCGAGCAGGAGGACGGAGCCCCGGAGGUUUCCACCUCAGACGGAUAAACUCUGGACGUCUUCAGGUUCCAGGUCAGAGUCCAGAUCAUCCACUCCCUCUUUUUUAAUGUGUGUGUGUUUUCUGUGAAGGAGAAACGAUGAACCUCGGCUCUAAAAGUAAGAAGCGGGUGGUUCUGCCCAGCCGCCCUGAGCCCCCGACCGUGGACCAGAUCCUGCAGGACAUCAACGGAGCCGCCCCCAACGACCCGGUCUUCACUAUCCUGGAGAAGACCGGUCAAGACUCGUCCCGGCCGGCCGACACCGAGGCCGAGCUCCGGUUCCAGCAGUGCCGUCGGUAUCUGGAACUGAACGAGCAGCUGCAGGAAGCUCGAGCUCGGCUGAUGCGGCAGAGGGAGGAGCUUCAGGCGGCGGGGGAGCGGCUGAGCAGCGACAUGGCGAAGGUCAAAGGUCAAGAGCUCUGACUGGACAACACCCGGCAGCUGAUUGGCUUUCAGGACAAACCAGAUGAUCCAGGGACAGCGUGGUGUCGUUAGUCACUCACUCUGUUAGCAUCACGUUAGCAUCACGUUAGCUUUCUGGCUUGUGGGUCAAAUCUCCUGUUGACUUCGUUUAAGCUCCGGACUCAACGAAGGUCUCCCGUGUCCUUGAACGCACCACGAAGACUGAACCAACGACCAGCUGCUUAAAAACUCUAAGACUGAUUUACUUUAUUCAACAGAAAACAUUUCAACACGAAGGACGUUUUUACUUUAUGUUCUGAAUGAAAAAGAUUCAUGUUUAAAGAUCAGUUCAGUUUGUUUCUGUAACGUCUGUGUUUGUGUUCGACUGUUUUCACUGGUGUUUAUUAAAAGAUUCAACUGUUCAGGAGAA